UUCGCGAUUGCUACGCCGCUCAUGCUCUUCAAAAGGUCGAGCGCCCGAACGUUGUCUUCGAGCGUCGGUCGGUUGCGGUUUUCGGCGCCACGAACGUUCCUACGUGCGGUGUUGCCAACGGGUUUCAAGCUGCCCAGUGCGCCCGCUCGCUUCUCCUUCCCCGUUGCCCGCCCGUCCGGGCAGGGGCGCUUCGAAGAUGCAGCCCCAGCAGUCGAGUCUGUGCUUGAUUCCUUGCGGUUGCUCGAGUUGACACAUCCGUGUGUGUAUCUCGUUGUCGCCAAGCGGGUCAUGCACACCGCACAGUCCAUGAAGGUGGCCUCCGCAGACACGGCAUGGGUGGUUCGUCAACAGUGGGGGGCCGGGUGUGUGGUCCGGCGUUGCCAGGCAGUGGGAACCCGCGGCGCAAGGCAUCCGUGGGAGCUGUGUGUCUCGCUAGCUAUGAUGGCCUACUGUUGUACAGCUGCUUGAGCUGCUGCAGUGGGGGGCAGCUGGUGGGCUAUAGGGGGUGAGGGGUGGGGGGGCAGGUUCGGUUUGAGAGAGGUUUCAGAGAGGUUUAAGAGAUUCGGGGUUCGGUUUAAGAGAGAAGGGUGUGUCUAGCAAUUUUGACCUCUCUUAAAUCGGCAAUUCUUUUAAACUGAGCUCUCUUAAAACCGUAGCCCCCACUGUAUUCAGUCGACCCCGCUUUAAGGAUGCUCGCAUUAAGGAAACUCCCCGCUUAAAGGGCUAGACUCACCGUCAAGGGACCGAUACCUUCUUGCUGCGGCGCACCCGCCGCGAGGCGUGCGUAGUGGUGGAGUUGGGUCGGCACUGGUGCGUCAGGUGAUGACGAGCUGAUUGGGCUGGUCGACCCUACGGCGCGAGAAUUGUUAGACCAAGAACCCUAAGUGCAACGAGGGAGAAAGCGAGGAACCGAUUGGGAUGGACAGCAACGAGAGCGUGUACGAAGCGGAGCGGGUCGAGUUUGGUCCUGCUAGGACAGGCCACAGCGGCACCGGAGCAGCGGCACCGGAGCAGCGGAACCGGAGCAGGCGGACGUCAUCGAACCGUGGCGCUUGGACAAACGUCUCUUGUGUUAUCAAUUAUUUUUCCGUUUUUUUCCUGAAUACAGGUGUUGGGUGUGUGUGAUGACGUCACUGGUUUUGUAGAAAGACUCAGCAGAGAUGGCGCGGAUAAC